CACUUCAUUAUUUGCUUGUACUGCCGCUCUGGGGCUAAUCCCUCCGGAGGUCAGAUUGCUAAGCGCUCGCUCUCUCCCUCUCUCUCCCCUCUGCUUUCAGGUCGCAUUUUAGAUAUCCCUUGCAAAGUGUGUGGGGACCGCAGCUCCGGGAAACACUAUGGGGUUUAUGCCUGCGAUGGGUGCUCAGGAUUUUUCAAAAGGAGCAUCAGGAGGAAUAGGACCUAUGUUUGCAAAUCAGGAAAUCAGGUACCAGCCACAGCGCAGUUCCCUCACCGCCUGCGCCUUUUUCGCCUGCAGUGGGGCAAUGAGGUGACCCCAUCACCUCUCCUUUGGUGUCCCAUAGCGGUGCAGCAUGAACGGGGCCCACGGACGUCAACAAUACGGAAGCAGGUGGCCCUGUACUUCCGUGGGCACAAGGAGGAGAGUGGCAGGGCCCCCCCCUUCCCCACUACUGCCCUGCCAGCACCUGCCUUCUUCACUGCCGUCACCCAGCUGGAGCCCCACGGCCUGGAGCUGGCCACCGUCGCUGGCACCCCUGAGAGGCAGGCCCUGGUGGGUCUGGCGCAGCCCACCCCAAAGUAUCCACAUGAAGUCAACGGUGCCCCCAUGUAUCUCUACGAAGUGGCCACUGAAUCGGUCUGUGAGUCAGCAGCCAGGCUUCUGUUCAUGAGCAUCAAGUGGGCAAAGAGUGUCCCAGCCUUCUCCACCCUGUCACUGCAGGACCAGCUGAUGCUUUUGGAAGAUGCUUGGAGAGAACUGUUUGUUCUAGGAAUAGCACAAUGGGCCAUUCCAGUUGAUGCUAACACUCUACUGGCUGUAUCUGGCAUGAACGGUGACAAUACAGAUUCUCAGAAGCUGAAUAAAAUUAUUUCAGAAAUACAGGCUUUACAGGAGGUUGUGGCUAGAUUUAGACAACUUCGGCUAGAUGCUACUGAAUUUGCCUGUCUCAAAUGCAUUGUCACUUUCAAAGCUGUGCCUACACACAGUGGUUCUGAACUGAGGAGUUUUCGAAAUGCUGCCGCGAUAGCAGCCCUUCAAGACGAAGCCCAGCUCACCCUGAACAGUUACAUUCAUACCAGGUAUCCCACGCAACCCUGCCGUUUUGGAAAACUUUUAUUGCUUUUACCAGCUUUACGUUCGAUUAGUCCAUCCACAAUAGAAGAAGUGUUUUUCAAAAAGACCAUUGGGAAUGUACCAAUUACAAGACUGCUUUCAGAUAUGUACAAAUCCAGUGACAUAUAAAUUACCUUAAAAUAAACAAUCAGGACGGACAGUUUGAGAAGAACUUUUACCUAUGGAGAAUAAGCCUCAACUAACAAAAUCUACAGGAAGCAUAAGCCUGGGAAUGUUUAGCCUUUAAACUCAUUGACAAAAAAUACCCCAGUAGAUAUGAUUCUGCUGCUCUGAACAAAGUGAUUUAGAUCAUGGAGAGAAUGCUUUGUUCUACAGAAAAGUAAAAGUGGCUGGAAUUUGGCUGCUUUUCCUGUUAGUACAGGAUGGAAGCAAUUCAGAUGCCAGUCACAGUUAACAAAGACUCUGCUAUUCUCUCAUUUAACAGGCAGAUCCGAGACAAAAAGUGAAAGAAGGUACUUUAGUUUGUUCAGUAUUUGGAACGGGGUGACCAAACUUGGCUUCUGUUGUAACAUGAGAGGUGGUGGCCUUCAGAACUGUUUUAAAAGUAGCCGAUGUUGGUAAAGUGUUUUCAAUAUGACAGGCAACAUUUAAGACCAGGUUACCAAAACAUUACUUCUGCUAUAAUACAUCAUGAAGUGGCCUUCAGAACUGAUUAAAAAGUAGCUUAUGAUGGCAGCUCCAUUCUUCCUGUAAAAUGAACCGGUGAUCUUUGAUGCAGAUGUCACCAGAAUUUGUUCGGUUAACAUCUCAGAGACAGAAGAGCUUUAUACACCUCCUCUCCCUAUCUUCCCUCCAUCUUCUUCCACACACACACAUUCACGUACACACAUCUGAAAAGAGUACAAGUCAAGACAGGAAGAGUAAAACAGCAAAACCAAAUAAAAUGGAGAUGACUGCUUCAGUGACCUGCUCGCUGUCCCGUUGACAUAGUGCUGAAACCAAAGGCAACGGUGGCCAAACUCUUUGUCAAUGAGAUGUGCAAAAAAGUGAAAUGACUAUAUAAAAAGAAAAAAGGAAGGAGUUUUAUUUCAAAGAAAUAAAGGUGGCUGACUGAUACAACGCUAACAAUUUCCAAAAGUCUCCAAUGCCUUUUUAGCAAGCUCCAGGUUCUAAUUUUGAAGCCUUGUUCACCUACACCCUCUCACACACAGAAACGUUACAAGCUGCUUAUUUGAUGUAUGAAAAAUGUAGAAAAAAAACAUUUAAAGAUAGCUGCUGUACUUUACAAAUUUUGAUUUGUUAUUAGGAACUAGCACUGAGAAAAAUCAGCACUUGGACUAUCAUAGAAUGAGUAAAACUUUUCCUGUACAAAGUGGAUUAACUGAUUUGUGAAGUUAAAAAGUUGUACUCAUUGUAUUUACAAAGAAUAAAAAUAUAUUGAAUUUAAAUUACUUUCCACUGUUCUUUUAAUGCUUGUCCUUCUAUUUCUGGAUUAGUUUCUUUCACUGUACUCUGCUUACCAGAGAUUAGAAACAGUCUCUGUCAAAAUGGAUUGCCUUGAAUGCUGUGGAGUUGACAUCAUCAGAGGUUUCCAAGAACAGGUUAGACAAACCUUAAUGAAAUAGUUUAGAUACAGGUGAUCCUGCCUUGGAGCAAAGGGUCUCAGAGUUGUUUUUUGUAAUUCAAAUACGCAUUUACGCAAAGUUCCUAACAUUUUCCUCUGAAGGAGGAGACACAGCUUUUUCUAGGACACAGUGCUAAAUGGAUCAGAAAUCUAACCUAGUACAAGUCUUGUGUUUCAUGUUACGACAGUCGUUAACAUCCAUAAGUUGUGCAGCUAACAAAGGGCGAUGAACGCAAAAACAGUUUUCAAACAAAAAGAUUCUGAGGUUUUAUUAAGGUGUCCAAUUGCAUAAUCAAAUCAAAGAAAGGGGUAAGCAACUCCCAGUGCACAGAAAGAAGUUGGCAAUAGGAGAAGGAAAACAUAACAUACUGUCUAUACGGCCAUGAGCGACCAAAGAGCACGCACAUUAAAAAGACAAGUGGACAUAUACAGUGUAUAACAAUGGCUCAUUGUCAGUGUCAGGGAAUACUGAACAUGAGUGAAAUCCUAGCUCUGUUGACUUCAAGCACAAAAUCUCAUAGGUUUCAGGGGUCUAAGUUUUCACCCUAUGUCUCCUCCAAUCUUUCAUUCUGCUGUCUCACAUUCCAACCUUUCCAAGACAGCCAGACCAUGAAGUAUACAAGACCAGUCUUUUGAUGAGCAAAGUGAGACAAAGUGUGGACUAGAGGACUUUGAAAUGCCCUCUAUACAAACUAACAUGGAGCGCUUAAGAGCUUGCUUGCCAUAGGGCAUGGUGAAUCCUAUCUUUAAAAGAGACCUUCAAACCAACAAACACUUUAUGAAGCGUUCCUACUGCACUUUAAUAAUCUUUGACUAUUUUUUGUUCUCUGGUCUAGAGACAACUGGACAGGCCAGAAAAAUCAAUUGUGGCUCCCUAUCCUUUUUGAUAAUUCAGUUUAUGAGCUAAAAAGGUUGGACCCACUGUUGUGCAGAACCCACGACAAAACACUGGUUUCAACAAGAUUUGCGCUGCUCUUCUUGGAGCAGCGACAAACAUGAACUGCAUCUAAACUAUGAGGCAGCUGCAUUCUGCAGUAUGCUGUACAGUCCCAGUCCCUAGAUCAGUGAGGCUAGAGGAU